GUCAAAUCUUCAAGUUUGAUUGGUUUCAGCUGUGGACGCCGUUAAUGUUGGGAAACGUCCAUUUAAUAAGUCCUUAUGGCCAGAUCGGGAUUUCCUUCCUCUAGGACUGUUUCUAUGUGACUUUUAUUUUAUUUCAAAUAUUGCUGCAUCCGUUGCUUGCGUGCGUUCGGUUAAGUGUACCUUACUGCGGCCCGUCAUUUUGUAUAUUUAAAAAUCGUCUAAACCAUCAGGAUUGUUGUGGACCGUGCCUGCAGCAGUGCCCACCCGGCCCACAGCUACCAUGGCCUCCGCCACCUCCACCCCCGCCGCCUCCAGCAGCCGCGCCAGCCGCUCCGCCAGCCGCCGCAGCGCAGCCGCCGGCGGCCUCUCAGCAUCCAGCACCAGCCCGACCUGCCGGUCCCGCAUCCAGGAGAAAGAUGAGCUCCGACACCUCAACGACCGCCUCGCCAACUACAUCCAGCGGGUCCAAGAGCUGGAAAGCGAAAGGUCCUCCAUGCUUAUUCAGCUGGAGGAAAAAGAGGAGUCUAAAAGCCGGGAGAUGGGCAAUGUGCGGCGGCUGUACGAAGAGGAGCUGGCCGACGUCAGAACAUCGCUGGACGGCCUGGCCGGGGAGAGGGCCCGUUUGCAGAUCGACUAUGGAAAUCUGUGCGAGGAGUACAGGAAACUUCAAACCAGGAACCAGAAGAAGGAGAGUGAUCUGGCGAAUGCUUUGGCUCAGUGGAGGAAAGUUGAAGCAGCUCUGAGCUCCAAGGAUGCUGAGUACACUAAGCUACUGUCAGAGAACAGGACACUGAACGACGACUUCACUGAUCUGCAGGGCCAGCUGGAAAAUGUAGAGGGCGUACUGGCAGAUGCCAAGAACCAGCUGAGCGCUGAGAUCCUGAGGAGGGUGGACAUGGAGAACCAGGUGCAAACACUCAAAGAACAGCUUGAGCUCCACAGGAACAUCAGUGAGCAGGAAAUCAUGGACAUCCGGAGCCGACACGAGAGCCGUUUAGUGGAGUUGGACUCGGGAAGACGACGGGAGUUUGACAGUAAACUGGCCGAGACGAUGCAGCAACUCCGCCAGGACCACGAGUCUCAGCUGCAGCAGUACAAGGAAGAGAUCGACAGGACCUUCAGCUCAAAGCUGCAGAACGCCCAACAGGCUGCGUUGGAAAAAAGCAACGUAGUGUCGGCCGCCAGAGAUGAACUGGAGACAACCAAGCACAGAGUGGAGACCCUCAGCUCACAGCUCCAGCAGUACCAGAAAGAGAAAAUGGUGUUGGAGAGCCGCCUCCAGGAGCUGGAGAGGACUCGGGACCAGGAACGGGACAUUUGGCAGCAGAAACUUAGUCAGAAGGAGCAGGAGAUGCUGAACAUGAGGAGCCAGAUGUACAGCCAGCUGGAAGAAUACGAGAACCUGCUGGACGUCAAGCUAGCUCUGGACAUGGAGAUCAACGCCUACAGGAAGAUGCUGGAGGUGGAGGAGCAGAGACUGCAGCUGUCACCCAGCCCCUCCCAGCGUUCCACCGUACCACGAACACACGAACACAGCAGCCGCAAGCUCCGAGGGAAGAAGAGAAAACAUGAGGGAGCCUCUGGCAGCUCACCUGCCUAUAAGAUGUCCAGUCGUUCAGCAGAGCACGGAGCCGUGAGCGUGACGGAGGUCGACGUGGACGGAAGAUACGUUAGACUGAAGAACGUUUCCGAGACGGAGCAGCCACUUGGUGGCUGGGUGGUUCGGAGGACAUACUUAGACAAGGGAGACAUCUCCUUCCACAUCCCCUCCUCCUGCGUCCUGGCUGGGGGGCAGACACUCACUAUCUGGGCAGCAGGUGCAGAGGCAGAGGCUGACUCUGGGGACCUGAUUCUGCAGGGCCACAGGACCUGGGGCCCUGUGACUGAUGUGAGGGUGAUCCUCCUGAAUCCCAACCAUGAGGAGAUGGCUGAGCGCAGGGUGUGCGUGCAGAGCAGAGGUGAUGAGGAAACCGAACUAGAGUUUGAUGAAGAGUUCGUGUCAGGCAGUGACAUCCAGCACUUCAGGAGACAGGAGCUAUCUAAGGAGGCCAGCUGUGCCGUCAUGUGAUUGCUUGUCCAUCUCCUUCUGUCCUUCACAUCUGCCUGGGGAACCCGGAUGGUCUGCGGCCACUCCUGCAGCUGUCCAGUUCCAGUGUUGACUUAUGCAACCACCUCAACUCCGACAACUCACAGUAGGACACGGACGUGUGUCAGUUUGACACCUUAAAGCAACUGUAUCAACCUCAGUACACCUCAUUUGUUUCAUCGCUCUAACUGCACAAAAAAAGAUAGGAGCUUUGCCUUGAUUUGACCUCAUUUAAAUGUGUGUCUGUGUGUGAGAAAUAAAACUGUUGGCAUAAUAAAGUUUUCUAAACAAA